AUGCGGCUGGAUAUGCAAGAACCGGAAAAUCGAGCGUACGCGGAUUUCCUACUCAAGGUCGGUUCCGAACCAGUUGACAAAGUUUAUCUGCCAUCGGCUGUGAAUGUAUGUAAAAACAGAAGAGAGCUAAUAACAAAGCUCUAUCCCUGCCUCACAAAAACACAAAUCUGGAGAGGGGAUGAGGAGUGUUACGAACAAGUUUCGAAGGAGGAACUAACUAACAAAAUGAUUCUCACGGCACGCAAUGAUGAUGUUAAUGAAAUUAAUGUCGAGGCACUUAAUUUUUUGGACGGAGAUACACACACAUAUCUAGCAGUUGAUAUGUUGACUCCCGACGAAAGUGGUAGGAUACCACCUAUAAGCAAUGAAUUUCUGCAAAAUCUAAACCCUCAAGGAAUGCCUUUAUUCAAACUACAACUCAAAGUUGGUUGUCCGAUAAUUUUGAUGAGAAAUCUCGCUCCCUUGGAGGGACUUUGCAAUGGAAGAAGGUUGUUGGUGACGCACUGCGGGAAGUAUCUUAUACAAGCAAAAAUUGUGACGGGAAAGAAGAGAAAGAUCGGAGAAAAAGUGAUGUUGCCUAGCAUAUCAUUCCAGCCCAAUAUUUCAGAGUUGAACAUAAAUAUGUUGAGACGCCAGUUUCCGAUUCGGUCUGCAUAUGCAAUGACGAUCAAGAAAUCUCAAGGACAGUCGGUACAACACGUUGGCAUUGACUUGAAGACACCUGUGUUUUGUCACGGCCAACUCUACGUUGCUUUGUCAAGGUUAGAGCUGGCAAACAAGUUGAAACCCGCGGGUUGA